AUGAAGAACCAAAACUACAAAGACCAAACUUUACAAGCUAAGCUAAAGUUUAGAGUACCUGAAAGAGCUAAAGAUGCAGAAGCGGCUGCCGCUGCUGCUGGACAAUCACUUCUUGGCCUAGAGACAACGCCAGUAAUCAAUUCAGUUCUUGAUUCGUUGAGAGAAAAAGGAGGAGAGUUGAUUAUGGAUCGGCUUGAUGGAUCUGCGCGUCUCAUGAUAGUAUCGGAUCUUGAUUUUACCAUGGUGGAUCAUCUUGAUCUUGACAACCUAGCUCUUUUUAGAUUCAAUGCUCUAUGGGAAGCCUAUUAUCGCCAAGAUUCUCUGCUAGUUUUCUCCUCUGGAAGGUCACCCACAAUUUAUAAACAGUUGAGGAAUCAGAAACCCUUGUUGACCCCAGAUAUAGCUAUAAUGUCUGUUGGAACUGAAAUUAUGUAUGGUGAAUCAAUGAUAAGAGAUGAAGGCUGGGAACAGUAUUUAAAUCAGAAUUGGAGCAGGGAAAUAGUCACAGAGGAAACAGCCAAGUUUCCGGAACUUACUCCUCAGUCUGAAACAGAACAACGGCCUCACAAGGUGAGCUUUUUUGUGGAGAAGAUUAAAGCCUUGAAAGUUAUAAGGUCUCUAUCAGAACGUCUAGAGAAGCAUGGGUUAGAUGUGAAACUGAUAUACAGUAAUGAGACAGCUUUGGAUGUAUUACCGAAAGGUGCUGGCAAAGGACAAGCUCUUGCUUAUUUGCUUGAAAAAUUUAAAGUUGAUGGAAAGAUGCCUGUUAACACUCUUGUCUGUGGUGACUCUGGUAAUGAUGCUGAACUCUUUAGCAUUCCUGAAGUAUAUGGUGUGAUGGUCAGCAAUGCACAGGAGGAAUUGUUGCAAUGGCAUGCAGAAAAUGCAAAGAACAAUCCGAAUAUAAUUCAUGCAACAGAGAGAUGUGCAGCUGGGAUCAUACAAGCCAUAGGUAAUUUUAGUCUGGGUCCAAAUGUUUCUCCACGAGAUAUUCGAGACUUUCAGAAAUGCAAAGUGGAAAUUUUCAAUACUGGUCAUGAAGUUGUGAAGUUUUAUUUGUUUUACGAGAGAUGGAGAUGUGCAGAAGUUGCAAACUCUGAGGAUUACAUACAAAAUUUAAAGUUAGUAUUUUUUCCCCUGGGUACUUUUGUGCAUCCCUCAGGAGUUGAGCAACCUGUCAGCCAUUGCAUAGAUCUAAUGGCAAAGUUGUAUGGGGACAAGCAAGGAACCGAUUACCGCAUAUGGGUUGAUCGUGUUUCUUCAGCACAAAUUGGUUCAGACACAUGGCUUGUGAAGUUUCAUAAAUGGGAGUCAUUUGGGGAGGAGCGGCAUUGCUGUUUGACCACCGUCUUGCUGAGUUCAAAGGCCAAGGUACUAGAUGGCUUCACAUGGGUGCACAUGCAUCAGACAUGGCUAGAAGGUUCAGAACCAAAAGAUCAAGCAAACUGGUUUUUCUAG